AGUUGAGUGCAGGAAACCGGUAAAGAUUAUACUAAUUGGGAGUCUAAAUUGAUUCUAACGUUACAGAAUUAGCCUUUAUAUAUAACCGGCUUGUAUAAGCUUAUUAUUUGAUUUAAAAAAGUUUAUUACGUUUCAAAUAAGUUUUUUGUGGUAAUUGUAAAAAUUCAGUUACCACUUGCAUAGUUACGCCUAAAAUUCGGCUUAACUUUCCAAUAGAUUCGUUUAACCCCCAAAAAUAACAAGUCCGCCCUCAUCCUCAAAGACAAAUAAACAACAACAAGUCCUGGAAAUUUACAAAUCGUGUAAAGCCUUGAGGCGCCAUGGAGGAGCUACUGACAUGCUCGGUGUGCUGCGAGCGCUACUGUGAGGUGGACAGACAGCCUGUGCUGCUGCCCCGCUGCGGCCACUCUUUCUGCCGACCCUGCGUGACACUCCUGCUCUCCGCCGGCUGCAUCAUCUGCCCCACAUGCCGCACUGACCAGCGCGUCGACUCAGCGCACCGCCUCCCUACAGAGUUUACUCUUCUGGCCAUUAUCGCGGCGCAGGAAAACACUAAGUUGGACAACUGCAAGCGACAUGAAGUGAAACUAUCGUUUUGGUGCAAGACGUGCAGCGAGGCGACGUGCGGUGAAUGUCUUUUCGAGGACCACCCCACCCACAGCCACACCGUCAUCCGUGCCGCCACUUACAUCCAGAACAUCAAAGACAACGUCCAGGACGUGGCAUGCAAGUUCAUGGAGGCCCUGGAUACCAGAGAACAGGCUUACUACCGCACAGUUUAUUCCAGUGCACAGAAAAUCGAUGAGUCCCUCAGGAACGUGACGGUACUGCGCAAAGACAUGAGUGAGGCUCGUCAGCUGAUGAAAGGCACCAAAGAAGAAGAGAUCGGCAUCAGUGCAGCGACUUCACUGGCUGAGGCCGCCAAAUUUCUAGGACUCAAAUGGAACAUUCAAGAUGCGAACUACAACCGCACGCAGCAGGUCGAGAAGCCAAAAGACGAACCAGAGACACAGGAGGAUGACCAAGAUCAAACUAAAAAAAUCAAGGGAUCAAAAAAGAAAAAGAAAAUCUCAUUGGCUGAAAUCCCAGAGGUGAAAGAAGACAAACAAGAUGAUAAAAAGAAGGAAGAGAUUCAGGAAGAAACCAAAGAAGAAGAUGAAACGAACAAGAGCUUAUCACCGGAGCCGGUGGCGCCUUCAAAAGCCCUCGAGGCCGAAGCCCUCAAAGACCCCAAGCGAAGAGUGAGUAUCAAGAAGUCCAAGACACUGGCAGUGUUCGAGCCUCUUAGCAUGGACAAGGAAAUAAAUGGAAUUAAGGAGAAAAUCGUGGAAAUGGAUAAUAAGGAGCGUGAGAGGAUGGAAGAAGAGAAAUUGAAGCAAAUAGAAGAAGAAGAGCAAAAGGAAUUAGACAAAAAACUGCUGGAACGGAAGCAAGAGGAGGCCAAGGCAGCUGCAGACGCUGCUGUUGCUGCAGUCAACGCAGUUGCCAAAGAAAAAGAACGAAUAAUGAUAGAGAAAGAAGAGGCUGAAGCAAAAAGAACAGCAGAAGAAAUUGAAGCCAAAAACAAAGCAGCAGACGAGGAACUCGAACGGUUGAAUCAAAUACUGAAAAAGCCACGUGGUAAGCUUGCACGGAAGUACUUGGCUGAAAAAAUAAAUGCAGAGAGCGCGAAACUCGAGUCUGAGAGCAAAAACACUUCCAAAAGUGCAGUAGAGGAAAAAACAAAAGUUGGUAACCGUAACCCCGAUAUUGUGGGAGACAACGAAGACAAAGAGAAGGCUAAUGGUGAACCAGAACGCGUUGACAAGGACGAAAAUGCUGGAGAAGCCAAAGAUGAAAGUGCAGAGGUGGAUCCGUACGCAGGCGAGCUCACGCCGGAGCAGAAGGAGGCAAAGGAAGCCGAUGAGCUCAAGAAGAAAGAAGCGGACGCGAGUUCCAUUUUUGAAUUCAUGAAGGAGCCUCUCUUCAAAGUCUGCGUGGAAGGUUCUGAAGGUAGACUUGCGCUGCUGAAGUGGGAACCAAAAGGUCUUCAUAUUUACUGCCAUCAAUUCCAACAACUAGACUACGACAUUGCAAUCAAGGCAUCGGUGCUGCAUGCCCUCAUCCCCUCGAAGAGCCCCUUGGUGUUCCUGGAACUGACGGUGGGUAGCGGACGCGCGCGUCGCGUCUACAUCCAACUGUGGGGACAACUGCGACGAGCACGCAACUUCCUGGCGCUCUGCAUCGGUGAUCUCGGACAAGCCUUCUUGAACACCAAGCUUCUGCAGACCUACAACUACAACGAGCCAGGCGAACGAAUUCUUGGUGGAGACCACGAGUACAACAGCGGUCGAGGAGGUUGUGCGUUGCUCGACGACCUGGAAUGGAACGGCGACUACUCGAUGCCCAUGAGGGAAGGCCUUAUUACCGCCGCAGGGUCGGGGCAACAGGCGACCAAUUCCCUCUUCCUGAUCUGCACACAGAGCGACGAGUCGCGUAAUUUCUCGUGUCCUUUUGGGGAGAUUGUGCAGGGUUUGGACGACGUUAAGGAGUGCAUCAGUCGAGCACAUCAUAAGGAGGAGGAGAUCUGGAUCACUGAAUGUGGGGUGGUGCUAGAACCUCCUAGAAUUUGUUAAGACUCCGCAUUAAACGUUCUUGAUAAUUUCGUUAAAAAAAUAACUUUUUUGAUUAUAAUAAAGUUGAGUUAAGACAAUUAUUUAAAUCGAAUUGUACGUGGAGUUGUUAAUUAAGGUUCAAAUAAAACUAAAACCAACAAAGCUCCUUUUGAUAAUCUCGCGUCAAUAGUUUGUUUCGUAUAUGCCGUUAUUAAAAAUAGAAUAUAAGACCCAGUGAAUGGAUUGCAGUCUAUUCUGUCCGAAAUUUACUAAUUGUGAACUCGAAAGUAAUAAUGUUUUUUUACAGUACUGUAGUUUUCUUUUAAGAGAUAAAAUUCUGGACUCACAGAGGCAAUGAGUUGCACAUCAUGUUAAGCGAGUAUAAGGCAGAGGUAUGGCUCAUGAGUGAGCACGUCUUAUGUUUUAGUGGUGGACUGGAUAAUUUUUAAUUAUGCAUUUAAAAAUUAAGUGGAUCAAGUUCACUCAUAGAGCAACGACAACAUAAAAAAUUUGAAUUCAGGCAUGCAGUUUUUAAAAUCAGCUGUAUAUGAGAUAAAUGCGGGAAUGUAUUAUAGCUAAUGUGUUGUGUAUAACAUGGCUGAAUACACCUGAAUAAAAUUAGGAAUGGAGGAUAGUACUACCUCCAAGUUUAUUAAUAUCAAGAUCAGAUUAAUUCGACAGCUGCCGGCAAAAUUGUGUGAGUAACGCUAUUCAUCAUAAUAAUGCAUCAAAACUCAAGUUGUUUUUCACUAAUUCGUACUCAAUUAAGGCUCAGGAAUUCGUUAUAUAUCAACGUGUCGAUUGAUAUGCCAAUUUGGCAUUUGAGUCCAUGCAACAGGCAAACAAUAUUACAUGCAUUAAACCUUCAUGUUCGGCGAUUACCACAUGUUUAUUUUGAGUAAUUAUUUGAUAUUCUUUCAAAGUAUCCGAAUUUUGGAGCAGUCGUUGAUAAUUUCAAUACUCUAAUGAUUAGAAUAAAAUAUUUUUUUUUAAUUUUUUGACCUAGGUAUGAGAAAGCCUGUACCGUAUUACUCGCUUGGAAUUAAUUGAAAAUAUUUGUAGUGACUGUCCCAGUUUACAAAUAAAAUUGUACCGACACCUGCUUUUUUUUAAC